GAGCGGAACGACGACAUGGCCACCUGCACGAAGGCCGUGACGGAGCAGGGCGCCGAGCUGUCCAACGAGGAGCGCAGCCUGCUCUCCGUGGCCUGCAAGAACGUGGUCGGGGGCCGCAGGUCGGCCUGGAGGGUCAUCUCGAGCAUCGAGCGGAAGACCGACACCUCCGACAAGAAGCUGCAGCUGAUUAAGGACUAUCGGGAGAAAGUGGAGUCGGAGCUGAGAUCCAUCUGCACCACGGUCCUGGAAUUGUUGGAUAAGUAUUUAAUAGCCAAUGCAACUAAUCCAGAGAGUAAGGUCUUCUAUCUGAAAAUGAAGGGAGAUUACUUCCGGUACCUUGCUGAAGUGGCCUGUGGUGAUGAUCGAAAACAAACGAUAGAUAAUUCCCCAGGAGCUUACCAAGAGGCAUUUGAUAUAAGCAAGAAAGAGAUGCAACCCACACAUCCAAUCCGCCUGGGGCUGGCUCUUAACUUUUCUGCAUUUUACUAUGAGAUCCUUAAUAACCCAGAGCUUGCCUGUACACUGGCUAAAACGGCUUUUGAUGAGGCCAUUGCAGAUCUUGAUAAACUGAAUGAAGACUCAUACAAAGAUAGCACCCUCAUCAUGCAGUUGCUUAGAGACAACCUAACAUUAUGGACAUCAGACAGUGCAGGAGAAGGCAGGGAUGCAGCAGAAGGGGCAGAAAACUAA